AUGGAACUAACGCUGGAUGAUUAUUUUUCAAGCUGUAAGGAGAAGAGGUUAAAAGAUAAUAAAGGUGGUUCAAAUAUUAAAAUAAGUAAAGAGGAAAAUAAUAAAGUAAAAAUUAAUGAUGAUACUGAAAGCUAUGAAAUUAAAGUUAAACAAACUUCAAAGAGAUCCAGACUACAUAAAGUAUUGAGCAGUGAUGAAGAGGAAUAUGAAGAUGAAAUUGAAACUUUGAAAAGCACUACGAACAGAAAGAAAAAAAAUCUUUCUCCUAAGGCUGAAAAGCAAAAUUCUCCUAAAAAAACUAAAUCAUCGUCCAAAUCAAACUUAAAUGCAGAAAAAGAUAAAAUUAACUCCGAUUCUCAAAAUGAGGAAGAAUUAAUAGGCCCUUUUAAUGGAAUGAGUAUCGUUGUUACUGGUACUUUUACUAAUAAUUCCAGACAAGAAAUUGAAGAUUUUAUAAAAGUUUUGGGAGGAAAAUUAACCUCAGCUGUAAGUGGAAAAACUUCAUAUUUAGUAGCAGGAAGUUCUUUGGAAGACGGAAGACCAACUGAAGAAGGUAGUAAAUACCGUAAUGCCAAAUCAAAAGGGGUAAAAAUUUUAAAUGAAGAUGAGUUUAUUGAAAUCUACACAAGUUACAAGCAAAAAGAAGCCAAACAUGACAGUAAAUCCCCUAAUAGGAAAACUCUGGGAGUGUUUGGAGCAGGAACACAAAAAAAUGAGUAUAAUAAUAGUAAUGAUAACUUUUAUAGUAAUCAUUCUUUAUGGACUGACAGACAUAAACCAGAAUCACUAGACCAAGUAUUGGGUAACGGCGAAGUAAUUAAAAAACUACAAACAUGGCUUUCUGAUUGGAAAUCUGUAAUAAUAGAAAACAAGAAAAAAGUUCCUCCGAAAGCUUCGUUUUCUCCAGGUAGCAGAUUUCCCCAAGUUGAAAAUAUUAAUGCUAGAGCAGCUUUAAUAAGUGGUCCUCCAGGAAUAGGAAAAUCCACAGUAGCUUCUUUAAUUGCAAAAAAAUGUGGAUACAUCCCGAUAGAGAUGAAUGCAAGUGACGAUAGAACAAAAGAAGUCAUUGAAAACCUUUCUGAAAGUGCAGUUGGUGGAUUUUCACUCUCAACUUUUGCUAGAAAAUCUUCAUCUAGUAACUACUUUGUGGAAGAAGGCGGACUAAAUACUAAUAUGUUACUAAUUAUGGACGAGAUGGAUGGUUUGGGAGGAAGCGAUAGAGGGGGAGCAGCAGCUCUUGGGAGGCUGAUUCAGAAGACUAGAUGGCCAAUUAUAUGUAUAUGUAAUGACAGAAUGAAUGAGAAAGUACGAAAUUUAGCUCCAAAAUGCUACGACUUAAAAUUUACCCGUCCAUCUAAAGUUCAGAUUAUCAAAAGAAUGCAGGAGAUCGCAAAUAAAGAAGGAAUGAAGGUUGAACCAAAUGCAAUUGAGCUACUUUGUGAGUCGGUUGGGAAUGAUUUAAGGCAGAUACUUAAUGAGUUACAGCUUUUAUCUUUGUCAAAUAUAAAUGUUCGCUUUUCCGAUAUUAAAAAAGAAAUUUCAGGUCAUUUAAAAGAUGUUCAAGUUACUUUGGAUGUUUUCUCUGCAACGAAAAAGCUUUUAACUACUAGUGAAUCAUCCCAUCUUUCAAUCAAUGAAAAGCUGGAGAUAUUUUUUAUUGAUUUUGAUUUAAUGCCUCUUCUACUUGAGGAAAACUAUAUCUCAGCAUUAUCCAUAAAAACUGGAAGUGGAUUUGGAUCUUCAAACCAGCAAAUGGCUGUAUCUCCUCAGGUGAUUGAAAGUAUCCUAGAAUCUGCAAACUUGUUUGUUGAAGCUGAUAUAUUUAAUUCUAAGAUCAGAUCUGAUAAUGAAUGGAGCUUACUUUCUGAAAUUGCAAUGAAUUGUGCAGUUGCUCCAGGACUCUGUUCAUCAAAUUCCUUCUUACCUAGGCCUGAAUUUCCAAAAUGGCUCGGAAAGAAUUCAACAGCUAAUAAAAAUAAAAGACUUUUAAGUGAACUUAUGGCUAUUAUUACUGUCGGAAGAAAAGGAAACUGCCCAACAUCAAAAGGACUAAGACUUUCUGGAUAUCUUGAUUUGAUCUACUACAAAGCCACAGCUCCUUUACUUGAUAGUAAAAUCGACACAAAAGAUGCUAUUCAAAUGAGCAUUUCAUUCAUGGACGAAUAUUGUCUCAAUAGAAAUCAUCUAAUCGAACAUAUGCCAUCUUUAAUGCUUAAAAACCAAAUCAGAACUUAUGAAAAAGUUGACAGCAAGACUAAAUCCGCCAUGACCAGAAUAAUUAACUCAACUACUCAUGCAGUCAAAUUUUCUAUACAAUCUAACAAAAGCAACAAGUCAGACGAUUCAGAAUUCUCAAGAAGAGGAAGAGAGGAAGGCCAGGAUUUAGAUGGGCAAGAAGUUGAUUUUGACCAAAGUGAUGACAACAAGGAUGAAAAAGAUGAAGAAUAUUCUAAAUUUUCAAAUGGUAAAUCUAAAACAUCAAAUGAACUUGGCUCACUAAUUAAAGUCAAGAAAAGCAAAACUACUGGUAAACAAACUAAAGAAGUCAAGAAGAAAACUAAAUAG